UAAAAAAGGAGUCCGCUAUUGAGUUGGCCCCGUCGUCGUGCUCGUGCCUCGCCUCCGUCUUCCUCCCCACCUUCACCGGCCAAUACCGUUCCACAGGAGCCCGGAAGCCGUCGUCGACAUGACUGGCCUCCGUGACGAGCCCGCGGCCAGGGAACCCCGGAGAUCCAAGCGUCUCCAGCGGUCCAUGCCCGAGGCGGCGGCCCCUCCUCCGGCACGCCGGACCAGGCGCACCAAGCGCCCGGCUCCUCCGCGCGAGGCCGAGCCCUCCGUUCCCGACGCGAGGGCUGCGCGAUCAUCUUCGCCCCGUUACAACGAUCGGGAAUUGGUGGAUGUGGCUGCGUUGCCUCCUCGUCCCGCACCCCGCGCGGAGGCGGCCCCGGUUCCUCCGCCCGAGCGCGGGGACUCGCCUCGCACCGCCUACGUGCUCCGCAACCGCCGAGUCCCGGAUACCGGCAUCCACAAGCCCACCCCGCCUCCGUGCUACGAGAGAAGGGAAAUUAAGCUGGAUCAGCCACGCUUAUCCAAGAAGCAACUUAAGCGAGCUGAACUUUGGAACGCCCCAGCAUGUGCGCGCAAGGGUUUGGAACGCUACAACGACAUGAAUCAGGGGGAUGGGCAUGAGCUGGUUGACGCAGUGGGCGUCAAAAGCUUUUGCUACUGUGGUCCGUGGCUGCAUGCAAAUUUUCUUGCUAGGCGUAAAGGUGCCAGUAGCAGCUGUGAUGAUCUUGUUCCCAAGUACUUCUUUGCUGAGCUGACAAUCGAUGCAGAUGGUCUCUCGUGCGUUUCAUGCUCCAAGUUUGACUCAGUUGACUGGAAGAACUUUGGCGGAUGUGGAGUGUGCCCGGCAACAUUUGUCCAUCCCGCUGGUGGUGGCUACAUUGGUGCCCGGCCUGAACGACGUCUUCAGCCUGCUCCCACUGGUCUACAGAUAUCAUUUGGUUUCUGAGUGUUUGAGUGUUAAAAUCUGCGUCUGUUACUAUAUGGUAGCAGAAGGAUUUUCUAGUUUAUGCAGGUUAGUUGUUAAAUCAGAUAGUGAAGUCUGAAACUGGACUUUGAUGAGUCAGCUACUAGUGAAGGCUGAGAUAGCACUUUAAUGAUUGAAGGUCAUGGAGAAAGCCCAUAUCAUGAAGACUGAGCUCCAGAUGAUUGAAGAGAUAAUGCGUACGAACGGCUGCAGGAGGUUGAGCGUGAGAAGGUGGACGCUCGUCAGCCUGUACAGUAAGAUGACUAUCAGAGAUGUGUCCCGAGGAGAUGAGCCCCAAACCCUUGUUAAAACUGGGAGUUCAGAGCUUGUUCCCCGCAGUAGAUUAUUUGUUUUGUCUUUGGUUUGGUUGGUUGUCGCCGAACACCUAUGCCGUGACGACGAUGCAUUUCAUGUCUAUAAUGCAUUCUGCAGUGUAAGUCAUUAGCUAUUCUGCUUUUGCAAUGCCUGAUGUAAUGAUGUAGCACUAGAGAAUUGGGGGAUAACCCAUUGGUAGGGUCGCAUUGGCGUCUGAAGAAUAACUGACAGCACAUUGAACUACUGCGUACGGUUUUAUUUUUUAUAAGAAUAGCAUUGUUCUUUCUUUA